AUGAGGCAGAAUUAUUUGACGAGUUUACUAUUGUUAAAACUUAAAACCAAUUUACAGAAAAACCAAAAGAUUAAAUCUUUUAACACGUUGGAUGAAAAAUGGACCUAUGUUUUUCAAACAGCAGAUAUUGAUGGAGACUUUCCGAAUUUAAAAAUCGUUGUGGAAUUUUUAAUGUGUAUUCCAGGUUCUAAUGCAAAUGUUGAACGAAUUUUCUCCGACAUGAAUAACUUGUGGACUGAUGAUAAAAGCAGAUUUGAUGUUAAAACUGUUAAAGCCAUGUUAGUCGUAAAACAUUUUUUCACUGAGGACUGUUCUGGGUUUCAUGAUUUUUUAUUGGGAAAUAAAAAACUUUUAAAACAUAUAGAUUCGUCCGAAAAAUAUUUGCCGAAGGAGUCAAAAACUGUAAUACUAAAUACCCAAGCAUCAACUUCGAACACCUGUUAA